GUCAAACGUCGAAUGCAUCAUCGUCGUUGUCUUAUUUCAACGCAUAUAAUCAUGAUCAAAUAGAUAGCUCAUCACCCUCUCACUUUAACAUCUACGAACAGGAUAUUACACCUGAUUUUUCGGCACCUUGUUUUAAUACAUACGAACUUACCUUACCUUAUUAUAGCUAUGAACAUAAUAUUGCAAACGUUUCAUCGUUUUAUCCAAAUGCCUAUGAGUACUAUGAUAAUAUAAAUACUUCGUCGUUACCUUACCCCGGCCCCUAUGGAUAUGAUAGUACUAUGUCAACCUAUAUUAAUUUUCAAAGCUCUAGUGAUUCGUUGACUAAAUUAAAUGUUGAGGCUCAAACAGAAGGUGUGGAUAAUGGGAUUUAUGAUGAGAGUGAAAAUAAUGAGCAUGAAGAUAGUGAAAAUGAGGAGGAAGGAAAAAAUAAUUUAUUA